GAGAGAUUGGAGGCAAAGUUCUCGAAAGCUAGGAGAUCUGCGAGAGGGUCCAAAGGACUUUCAGAGGCGAGCUAAACGCAUAUGGAGGGCCCACAACCCGGGCGAUGGCCGGAGACAGGGCACCUCAUCUCUACGGAAAGUUCAGGGGUGGCAAAAUUUUAAGGGCAGGCAGGCCAUUGACCACAAAAGAGUGGAGACUAAAGCUAACCUGGGAAGGCUAAAGACUUUGCCUGGAAAUGGUGGUGUCGUGAUUCGCUGUGAAAUGUUCGUGGGCUUCUGACUUCACCUAAGGCUCCAAGUUUAAGACCCAAAUUUUUCGCCGCGAUGCAGAAAAAGCAAGCCAUGACUACGCAGUCCAAAUGGCAGAUGCGGCCAGAGCACUGUUUUGGUUUUCAUCUGCCCGAGAACAGGUGGCUUGGGGUAGCCCCUAUUUCUCCAGAGGGGGGCGCCUGUUGGACUAUAGCAGGUCGGGUUUCCUGGAAUAAGUUAGGUGCUUGCUUCUAGAGCAGUUAGCCUGUGUGGGUUACUUAUUAAACAAUCUUGGCAAGAGUAAAGUCACCUUCCAAAGUCCGCAGCGACCGGAACUGUCACCUGAGGGUCGACUAGAGGAGGUUUGAUGGUAUACACCUGUUGGGACCUGUGCCUCUUGCCAGGAAGGAACAUGAGGAUCCCUUGGAGCCCAUUCAAGAGGACGAUGGAAGGAGCCAUUUAGAGUAAAUAGAGUGAAAAGUACAGGCUGCCACACUGGGGCCUGAAGGUUGGCAGUGGAAAAGCCUGCUGGGCUGUGAUCUCUCACUCCAAAGUCCCAAGUGCCUUUUUGCUUCCUGCAAAAGGAAGGAAGCCAAGGAGGAGACCAUGUCCAUCGCCCUGAAGCAAGUGUUCAACAAGGACAAGACCUUCAGGCCCAAGAGGAAGUUUGAACCCGGCACACAGAGAUUUGAGCUGCACAAACGGGCUCAGGCGUCCCUCAACUCGGGUGUGGACCUGAGGGCAGCCGUGCAGUUACCCAACGGGGAGGACCAGAACGACUGGGUGGCUGUGCACGUGGUGGACUUCUUCAAUCGCAUUAACCUCAUCUACGGCACCAUCUGUGAGUUCUGCACUGAGCGGACCUGUCCUGUGAUGUCAGGGGGCCCCAAAUACGAGUACCGAUGGCAGGAUGACCUCAAGUAUAAGAAACCAACUGCACUGCCCGCUCCCCAGUACAUGAAUCUGCUUAUGGAUUGGAUUGAAGUCCAGAUAAACAAUGAGGACAUAUUUCCAACAUGUGUUGGCGUCCCCUUCCCAAAGAACUUCCUCCAGAUCUGCAAGAAGAUCCUGUGCCGCCUCUUUCGGGUCUUCGUCCAUGUCUACAUUCAUCACUUUGACCGUGUCAUUGUGAUGGGCGCAGAGGCUCACGUCAACACCUGCUACAAACACUUCUAUUACUUCGUCACAGAGAUGAACCUCAUAGACCGCAAGGAGCUGGAGCCCUUGAAAGAGAUGACAACCAGGAUGUGUCACUAACACUCCGCCUCAUCUUCUGGAAGAAAGGAACACUGUUCCCACCAGGAGGCCCCAUGGGACAGAAAGUGGCCCACCGUGGCUGAAAGCGAUCCUGACUUCCAGGAGCCGGAAAGCCCCACAAGGACCUCUGAAAGACAUCUUUUACCCACUUCUCGUGCUCUUAACCCUCUAAGUGCUGCUAGCCAGGACCUGUGGGCCAUGUAGACCACAGCAUGAAGGACCAGCCUUAACCCCUUGGGCCGAGGACAGUGCAAGAGAGGCUGCUGCACUUCCGCCCACGUCACACUUCUGCCUGUGGCCUGCCCGCUAGGCUUUACUGGAAUUCAGGUUUUGAGACUGGGGGGUUUGUUGUGGUGGUUCUUUUCCACGUCCGUCUUCUUAACUAACUUCUCUGUCACUUAUUUUUUUGAAGUUCUAAGCAAACGUGGAGCUACCAUAUAGGCAGUACGUUCUCCUAUCCCGUCUCUCCUCCACUCCCCGCAGGUCUCUGGGCCUAUGGCUUAACCUUACAUGGGGCUUGGAGCUGGGGAAAGCCUGCAGUUUCUCUGGAAGCAUCCAAGCCGUUUCCCUCAUGGGCAGUUUCACCAGGGACCACUUUCUUGAUGGGCUACAUGACCUGUACCCCAGACAGGCCAUUCCCAGGCUACCCUUUGGGACGAGUCUAGAUUUAUUCUACAGGAAAUAAAGCUGGUGUGUGAUCUGUUUACCCUAGUCAGAAUGUAUUCUUUGUAGCCGCAGUCAUUUCUAGAUGCUUCCAUUAAAGAUAUGCUUUCCCAUUUCCCAGAAGAGAGGGAAUAAAGUUUUUAAAUGACCAGUAAGAUCCUUGAGCCAGAUUAGUGCAGUGUUUGUUCUUUAUUAAGAGGUAGUGAGUCCUGGCUGAUCCUACAUAUUAUAUUAUGGGGGCUUCAGUGACAAGACAACAGACACUUGGUACAUGUAGAUUAAAUAUUUGUAGACUUCCCAACUGACCCCUCCAUCCUAUUCCCCCCUCUCUUCCCAUUCUCCCCCUCCCCCUCCCCCAUCUCUCUCCUGUUGUCCCUCCAUCUCCUGUACUAUAUGACACAGAAUGCAUUUCUUUCCAGUGGGUGUGCUAUAGUCAGUCACCAAGGCCUUCCUUCUCUCCGUUCAAUCUGUCCCUUCCGACCGUCAAAAUAACCAUACUGUACUCUCUCCUGCCUUUGGAAGUUUUAGUAAAUGAAAUGUUGCCUUCUCUGAUUCCUUCACAGAACUGUUUCUGACUGCUUGACUAAGAAGUACCCACACUUCCCGUGAUAUUUGAUUUUAAUAAAGUAUCUGUUGGUGGAGGGAAGUAGACAUGAAUGUAUUCUUACAGUUGAUGUAAUAACAAAAGAUGACUAAAUUAGUCUGAUGUUAUUUAGUGUACAUAAUGUGUUAAAGCCAUUUGUGGCCACCACAAAAGCCCAGAAAACGUGACGUCUCUGUGUAAGUGAAGACAUCGACUGUCUCGGAGAUGCUGUCUUCUGUUGUUUUUUUUUUUUUUUUUGGGGGGGGGGGCGUUGUUUGGUUGGUUGGUUGGGUUUUUUUUUUUUUUUUGUUUCUCGAGACAGGAUUUCUCUGUGUCCCAUAGCUGUCCUGGAACUCACUUUGUAGACCAGGCUGGCCUCGAACUCAGAAAUCCGCCUGCCUCUGCCUCCCGAGUGCUGGGAUUAAAGGCGUGAGCCACCAUCGCCCCACUCAGAUGCUGUCUUCUGAAGACCAAUGCUACUACUGCUAUGUUGCUAGCUUGUUCCAACCUACAGGGACAUUUUUCUUUUCUCUCUAAGUAACUUUUAGAGACCAAGAUAGGCAAUGGAUUUUGGGGUUUUUUUGUUUUGGUUUGGUUUUGGUUUUUUUUUUGGGGGGGGGGGAGGUUGGUUUUUGGUUUUUGGUUUGUCAAUAUCACUUUGGGCUAAAAGCAUUAUCUGGCUGCCCUGAAGGUCCAGAGGAAAAAGAGCCUUGAAUUCUUGAUCCAGGCUAUACAUAAUACCACACAUGGGUGUGCAGGAUGGUGGGGCUGAGAAACGGCAGACCAUUCAUUCCACGUGGUCUUGGCGUGUCUCUGCAGCUUUGGAUCUUGCACAACUGCAGGACUCAUGCAGUUGGAAGUAGAGUAUCCGCCUGCCUUUCAGUGAUGCUUAGUCAAGGAGGAAACUUGACUCUGAAGAUAUUUGUCAUUUCUAAAGUUAUUUUCUGUCAACUAUUUGGGUAUGUGAAUGUGAAAUUUCCAUCUAGCUUAAAACAUCCAGAUUUUUUUUUUAAAAUUCUUGGAAUUAUCUUCUUUGGCUUCUAUUGCUAAUUGCACUAAUCAGCUCUUAGAGUAAAAUCUGGCCACCUGUUCUGAUUUUUAAAGUAUGAGGUAUUAUAGAACUUUGGCAAAUUCUAAAAAUAAAUCUUCACUAGCUGUCCAUAAGCCUUUGGCCAGACCUGGUCUUCACACAUCUGUAGUGCGAAUGGAAGAUUCUUGCAGCCUUGAGGACAGCUCCAGACCUGGUCCUGACUCCUAACCUUGUCCUUCCUCCUUCUCUACAUUAGUCUUAACUUUGGAAAAUGCAAAGUUGAAAGAUUAGCACGAGCACCCUGUGCUUGAGUGCACCAAGUGUUAGCGCAUCACCUCGGUUUCUUUCUUACUGUAAGCGAGCUCACUGCUGAACCAUCAGAAAAUAAUAGUAAUAAAUUACAUCAUCAUCAUGUUUGAAAAUGCUUUCUCAUACCCUCCUGCUAGUAACCAGAACACCACCCUAUCCGUCUUCAGUGUCACCAGCUACAGGACCCUGAGCAUUAACAAAGGGCACAUGGUUGGCAAUCCGUGGUUCAAAUUCAAACUCUGCCUCAAAAAGUUCUUUGUAGUUGAUUUUCUUUUAUAAAAAAAAAAAAAAAAUCUACAUGUAAUCAAAAACUACACAUUGCACUUACUUAUCAUGGUCUUCAUUUCCAUUCAUGUAUUAUCCUCUCUCUCUCUCUCUCUCUCUCUCUCUCUCAAUGUGUGUGGAGGGGGUCUGUCUUUCAUGACUGGCAUUACUAAACAAUGCACACUAAUUUGAAUAUGAAAUGUGCCCACAUUCUGAAAGAUUACUAUUAUCAUUAUUUAUUUGCAUGCAUACACACAUUGUUUUUUCUUUCCCUUAGUGUCUUCUCAUUUAGACACUUUAUUCAUUGAGCUCAGCUCAUGUAAGAUAAUCUCUCUCUCUCUCUCUCUCUCUCUCUCUCUCUCUCUCUCUCUCUCUCUCUCUCUGGUUUUUCGAGACAGGGUUUCUUUGUUUACCUUAACUUUCACAGUUGGUUGUUUCUCUCCAAAAGAGAUGAUUAGGAAUGAAAUGGUUUGGUGGCUUUGGUUUUUGUUUUUUUUUUCCCCCCUGAUAAUUUUAAAGAAACUAUAUCCACAAGUCUGGGCACACCCUGAGAUCACAAGCAUAUGUUUUUAUCCUAAUAGAUACUGAUAUCAACCAUCUCAUAAGAUAUUCCAAUCUGCCCUCUCAGGAAAAGAUAGGAACUUGGGAUGCAUGCUGGAAACAGCAUUAGUUUCCCUUCUGUUCCCACAAGCACCUCCUCCAGGUUCCCUUACCUCUGGCUUUGGGUUCCACCAGUGGAAAUAAUGAAAAGGAAAGAUUAAAUUACUGAUCUAGAGUCUUUUUCUGCUUCCUCAGCUGUUGAUCUUCUCUUCCCUGGAUGUUUUUUUAUUUCUUUUCUUAAUUAGGAAGGACCUUCAGAGCUUCUUAACUUAUUCUUCCUAUCUCCCAACCAUGCCAGCCACCUUCUAGGUAGAGCCUAUUCUCCUUUUGUGGAUAUUCAGGCACAGAAGUUCUACAGAAUCCUCUGUACGUCCCACUGAGACUUCACCACCUUUGAGACCCAACCCAUCCAACCCAAGCCAAAUAGUCCCUUUGAGCUCCAGCCUUUGUCUCAUGCCAUGUUAUUUAGGAAGGUCCCGAGAUGACACAGUGGUAGCACAUGCUUAAUAAUGGCAGCUUCAUUUGCACAUUAGGGAAAUAUCUGAAGCCUAAACCAGCGGUCCUUCAGCCUUCCUUCAGAAUCGCCCCAAUUGUGUCAUCUUCUCAGAAGUUUUCCCAUUUCACCAUUAAACGUUCCUCUUACUGAAUUGGGAGCUCCAUAGUUCUCCCUCUGUCUGUGUUACAGACUUUGCACACUGUGAACCUGAUGAGUUAUCUCAAACCUUCUCCAGACCCUGCUAUGUUUUUUGCUAGUCUUGGCUGUAAGAGAAACCUUUGGAUUUUCUUACCUAUUUCAGUUGACCAUAUGGAAAUCUUUGACUAGGUUAUGUUGACCUUCCUAAGUUUCCUUCUUACUUUUGGGAUUCGUUGAAAUUUGAUUUAUUCCAGCCCACCAUUUACCCAGUCCAUUGUCACUGAUGAAAGCACAUUACUUCCAAUAGUUCCUUAGCCUAAAGGACACCACACUAAGGAAAAGAAGCACAGCAUAUCUUCAAAAACUGGCAAAGGUAUGAUUUGGAGAAUAGCGUCAUUCUGGCUUUAAAGAAACUAGUGAUUCCUGUCUAGAAUUAGACAAACAAAGUAUAUUUUGGAAGUGAUGAUUUUUUUUCCUGGUUUUAAAAAUGUUUAUAAAAAAAGAACUUUUAUAACAAGCUAUUUUCCUCUGGACAUAUUAAAUAUGGGUAAAAGAUUUUUCAAUGAUAUGUAAAGGUUUAUGUAACAUAGAGGAUGAGUCGUUUCUAAUGAAGCAAGCUGUUUUCCUAGCUUCUCGUUUUCUGCUCUGAGUUUCCUUGUCUCUUCUUAAAUACAUCUGGAAAAUGCUAACUAUAUUUUUGUGAUUCCGCUUGUGAUUCACUUGGGGGCUUGACUGUAAGAAAGCAGACUAACAUAAUUAAAUCAAUUAAAAGAGCUAGAUAAAUCUAAAGAAUAUUUAUGAAAUAAAUUUCUGUGUGAGCUUAAGAAUUCAGAGGUCAUGAAUAAAUGCUACAUAAAACCA